GCGGGUUAGAUCGUCGCGUGUGCCUCCCAUUGAGAAAACACGGAUUCACGCGGAGCGACAAAAAGCGAAGAGGUAAUGAAAAAGAACUUAUCUGUAGGAAAAUUUGUAUAUACUUUUCAUAUUUAGAUAGUGUCUAUCGCCGAAAUGUGCAGGUUUUAAUUCCUCUCGGCCUACUUUUCGGAUAAAUCGAAACCUUUGUACGGUCACCCUUGCUCACUGUCGUCACGACACGACACGAUCUGUAUCUGUGAAGAAGGUGCUCUAGUGCAAGUUUCGUGUUUACGUGUUUAUUGCACCAGCAGAGUGUAUAGGACACUACGAAGCUUACGAAAUGUAUAUAGCGGUGUGGGAGGACAGGCGCACACGAGUCGCAUAGUGAAAACGGUAAUGGCAGGCGGCGAACGUAAACCCUGAUAAAUGGCUCUCUCCAAGGUGCAAAAUUUGGCUUCGAUACUCAGCAACAAUGCUCUCGCCGGUGGCCAGAUUGAAAACAGCUUCAACAUGUUUGAAGCCCCGCCGAACAAUUGCUCCACCGACACAAGGCACGGAGAGUACGAUCCAUGGAGUUACGAUCUACUGGGCAGAAACUCCAACAAGGCACCCUUGGAAGACGAAGAGGCGCAAGAUCUCAACAAUUCAAUGGUGAAUGAUCUCGUGGCAAAAAUUCUUGAUGACGAUCCAAUAGUGACCGAAGAAACAUUCGGCAAUGGAUACAAUGGGAAUGCACGUUCUUACGAAAUGCAAAAUUCACGAAUGCUAAAAGGACGAAACGCGUCAUUGGGCAAUUAUCAUGACGAAAUUGGAAUUUCACAGAUUUAUUAUCCUUACAACAAGUUGCCAAACGUUGUAACGAGUCAGGACGACAAUCAUCGUGAAUUUGUGAAUAUGUGCAGCGCUCUGAACAGUAUGUCAUUAAACGAUUGCAUAGCGCAGACUCUUGAAAAAACAAACGAUUAUGGAAGCAUUACGAGCUCGAAUUGUGAACGAACGAUUCUCGGGGACCAACAACAACAACUACGUGCUCGCGUUUCUAAUGACAUUACGAAUGUUCCAUUGAGAAAUUAUGCGACAGUCACGAACAACCUUUUGACAACGACCAACGGCCAAAAUUACGCGGCUUCACAAUCGUCAAACUGGUCGGACACCGUUCAAAGCCACGAUUACACAAAUGACUUGUUCAGCAAUUAUCAAACGAUGCAAAACUCAACGAAUCACGAUAUGAAUUACAACACGAUAACCCUCGCAGAGAUGGAUCUUCGUAGCAAUAUUGGCAAUAAUUUGACGCCUAAUCAACAUCACCAUCGUCAUCAUCAUUACAACAAUCAAUCGUUGAACGUACCGAACUCUUACAAUCCGACGACAGCCAACAGCCAGAAUUUCAGGCCUUCUUCAUCGAUCAACGAACUAACCGCGGACACCGUAUUCAAUACCAAUUCGCCGAUGCAACAUUUUUCACCGUCCGAGAGCGCGCUACAGAAUUGUUUAAGCACGAAUUACUCUCGGAAUAAUUACGAAGAUUACAAGGAAAUUCAUGACAACACGAGCAUCAAUAUGUCCAAUGCGAUGCAAAACGAUUCCCUUUAUCUCCAGCAGCAGCAGCAGCAGCAGCAACAACAAAACAGUUACAAACUCGACAGGCAAAUGGAUCAAAAUUACAAAGCACUGAUGAAUCGUUUUUUAAGUUUAAGCGAUUUCAAUGUACCACCGAAUGGUGACAUAUGCUCAAUCGAUUGCAGUCCAAUGACAGUGAAUCACAAUCAUAGAAUCGAGGCUAAUUUACUUAAGGUCAUAAGCCCACGAUCGACGAAAAAUCGUGAUUCGCACAAUAAUCAAACUUCUUCGAAAUUGCGGGGUUAUCCGAAAAAUUUAAGCGGAUUGCAGUUUCAGAAUAACGAACAACCGAACACCGACAAGUAUAAUUAUCACGUGCACAACGGUUAUCAGCAUUAUACUGCCAAUAACAGUGAGAGCCUCAAAGCAGUCCCACCGAAUUCCCCAGCUUAUCCUGCUCCCUUGAAACGCGCGAGCCUCAAUCAAUGCUCGUACAAAAUCGAUCCUUACGAUCUCGCCAAUGAAAUUCCAUUCAACGGAAACGCUCAUUUGGCCCAACAGAUCGCCCGAGCCUCAAUGGAACACAAUGUUUUUAAUCAAAUUAUGAAACAACGACAUCAACAGAUUCAAAGAAUGCCCGGCGUUCCCGGAGCCGGUGUGCUCUUGAACGCCCGUUUGAUGAGACCCGGAAAUCCCCAAGCUCCCAAUUCCGUCUUCCCAUCGGUCAUGCCCGUCGUGCAAGUUCCUGUUCCAUCCAUCAACACGAUGUCUGUGCUUUUCGGCGGUCUCAACUUGCGCAACGGCGCCAGACCCGCCCGACGAGCUGGUGCAUCCAGCGUGCUUCAUUUUCGACUUGAACAAACCUUCGAGCAAUUCAAACAACUUGAAAAAGAACGCAAAAAGUGCGAAGCUGGAUUGGCCGAUCACUUUCCCGGAAAACGCGUCAGCAGCGCUAACAACAUACCCAUUCCACGAUUACAGGGUAACUCGUCACGGGCCGAUCGUCUCAUCGUUGAUCAUUUUCAAGAACAUGCUCGUGUCAUCACUCUCAUUGCCAAGAUGGAGCAUUUGAGAGGAGCAACAAUGAGCGAACGGAUUCACAAGGCAAUGGAAUACUGGCUCGAAGCCAUCAAAUACGUUCAGGAGUGUCGCAAGAAGGAGAUUGAGUUCGCAAACAUGCGGAGGAAGGAAAGCCGUGAAUGCGUACCGAUGAAUGACGACAAACACGUACUAGCACUAGCUGUUAGCGUUCACCAAUUGACAAAAGCAUCGAGAAUGGCACGCACGGCAAUGAACAACGCUUUGCAAUCGACGCUGCUCCACGAUAAGGAUUUUGAGAGAACGAUAGUCGAGAAAUCAAUAGAUCCAAUUGUCCCGGGUGAAAACGAAGGAGAUGGGCAAACCUCGACGAACGGUGAGAUUGGACAGUUCACAAAAAGUACCUAGCAAUAUUUUGAAAGUCACAAGAUUUUUGAGGAUCAACACGAAACCGGCAAAUUCGACGUUCCCUCGUCGUUGACGGAAGAACCGUUGAAGAUAACGAAUCGUGUCAUGGAACCGUAAACAACGCUGAGUAAAAGCUCACGAAAAUAUUCUUCCGUCUUGAACACGUGAGAUGAUGAAUUUUUCGUAUCGAAUUUAUUAUCAGAUUGGUGCUAAUUCAACGCCGAAAAGAAUUACCGAGUUUUUCGAAACACAAAACUGCUCGAUUCAGGGAAAGAAAGCAAAAAAUUUCAACUCAUUUUAAAGCUAAUGCGGCGCAAAUAGACGAAAAUCUGACAUGACGAAACCAAAAAAAGUUAAAAACAAAAGAAAACUAGAAAAAAACUGCGUUUAAACGCUGUACACUAUGACGAAUUGAUAUUUCUUCUCGAUGCAUCGUCAUCGAAGUCGAAAGUUUUUUUUUACGUGAUAAAUUUCGGACCCGUGACAUUUUUUAUGCCUCCGAUAUCUCCGCAAAUAAAUUUCUCUGCUCGGUCUCCGAACGCGUCCAAUUGUUGUGACGCAUUACACGAACAAGAGCGAGAGAAAGCGGACAAAAAAACAAAUACGAUUACUGUACUGAUCGGGUAGAAAAAUUUUGAAACUAGCCUGCCUGGCUCGAACGAGUCCGCCACGGUCGGGGUUUUAAACAUUAAUAUUUUAUCAUUGAAAAUAGAAUUCUUUCCAUCCAACGAAAAAGAGUAACAAUUCCCAUUUUUUCCUCGUUCAACCGCGGUAGCGACCAAGUGGAGAGAGAAAAAUUUCCUCGGAUGACUUUGACUUUCUUCUUUCAGAGGUUCUGGGGAAAUGUCGAAGCCCACUUUUAUUCAGUAUAAUUAUGUGUGCGCGCGUGUGUAUACUCCUGAGUGCGUGUGUGUUGUUUUUCUCUCUCAGUAUCUCAAUCACACCGCAUUGAAAAGGAAGAAAUGGAAUAUUGUUUGUGGGUGGAGAAAAUAAUCUCGGGAAAUUCGCCCGCCGGCCGUUAGUCGCGCUUUGGUCAAUUUUUAGGCUCUAAGAAAAAAAAGCUGUUUGGGGGGAAGGGGGAGGGUGGAGGUUGGAGGCGAAACUACGAUUUUAUUCUCGAACGCGCUGAAUGAACAUUUGUUUUUUCUCUCGUUAGAAUAGUUCAAUGUGGCCUUCCUCGAAUGUGCGAACCCAAGGACGCGCGUCCAAUGUUAGUGAAACUAUAGAUAAAAAAAAAAGGAAGAAAUAAGUACAAUGAGAAGAGGUCGAUUCCGCGAUUUCCUUCGAUGGAAAUCGCUUCGUUGACCAAAUCCAUUGUAUCUCAUCCGUGCUACAAAGACUAAAAAAAUCUUCAACUAAUCUCGAUUUUAUGCAAAGCAGUCGAAAACCAAUUUUCCUGUCCGUCGUUCUGUCUCCUAUAUGCGUUCCGGGCCCUUUUGGAUAAUAAUAAAACGAGGAAUAAUCGUCCACCUCGAAAACAGUGAUGUCGCAGAGACAAUUUUUUCCAAUUUAACUCCAAGUUCAAAUUCGAAUGAAUUAUUCUGUUUCAGUAAAUCGAUGAUUUACCGAUUUAUUCACUAUAUCCAGAGAUAUAACAACGGGCAGAGACAAAACAACGCACAGCAUAGGGAAACAAACAGCCGCGUCUAAGCAACUAAAUUCAUAAAAACAUCUCUUUACAUGGGAACUAAUUUUACACGCGACGGUUUACGAUAUAUCCGAUAUGCCGUGAAAGUUUUAAUAUAUAUCUAUUAUUAUUAUUAUUAUUAUUAUUAUUAUUAUUCGUAUUAUUGUAUAUGGAUGGAACGAUGAUAUAUAUAUAUAUAUAUAUGGAUUAAAUGAAGGUAUAAUAUUAAUGCUACACGUGAUCUACGCAUAAGGAAGUUCGGUCCUAAAACAACACACUAUUGUUGCUAUAUGUAUUUAUAUGUACAUAAAUAUGAAUUAAAAUAUUGAUGUACGUAUAAAAUAUAUGCACCAAUUGAGUUACAACAAUUACGUACAAUUACCGUACGAUCGAUACGCUCUGGUAUUCAAAGUUUUCCUAUUAUAUCUAAUUAAAAACGCCUUUUUUUCGUACAACACAAUAAUAGACGAAAUGGAAGAAACAACGCGACGUGUGAGAAAAGGAAAAAGUGAAGAAAAAAGAAAACAAAUGAAACGAAAACUGCGACGCUAAACCGACGGGGCUAUGAAAGAAAAGUUUUCUUCGCGUAUAGAUUUUUUACCGACUAUUUUCAGUCGUUUCGCAAAUCUCCGAGCCGAACAUAAGCUAAACAUUGAUAAAUAAUAUUAUUAAGAACGUAUUCCGCUCACAUGAUACAGCCCCUUCCUACGAUUAUUCGUCCAUGUGUCGUGUUCACGAGCAGCUCUCGUUCCAAUAUUUACGAGGCUCUUUUUUUAUAACGAUACACGCGCACCUUUUUUAUCGGAUCGACUAUUUUACUAGCGAUUCUGACGGCGUUGAGAAUCGUCGUUGGAUACAUGGACUAUUUUUUCUUCUCUUAUUGCCACGGAAAUUCUGUAAUUCUGUCAAAUUUUCUAAACUAUGGUUGGUUUUUUAUUUAAUAACGUUGUUCUGUAGAUUUUUCAAGUCUCUUUCUGAUGUUUGAUUGCGUUGCCACAAUGGAAAGCUUAUUUAAAAAAAAAUACUUUUAUCGAUAUUAAAAUAACUAAAAAAUUCGGUGUAUUCGAUCCGGUUAUUGCAGAUUUUUAAAAUUAUUUCAUCUUUUUUUUAACAGUUUUGAAUAUAGCAGCAUCAAGUACGAAAUGAGUGACGCUAGUAUGAAAAGAAAAGUGAAUACAAUUGAUCGUUCAAUUACUCCAUCUUGAAAUACCUAUGAGUAAAGCUUUGUGAGGUUCAAGCGUCAAAUUGUUCACCCGCAUAAUCCGAAUUAUUGUGAAAAAAUACGCAAUUUUUAAGUCGAAAUAAGAAAUGAUAUUUUGCGUGGCAAUAGAUAAAAAAAAAUGAAAUCCAUUCUUGAAAUUCAAUGAAUUUGUGUAGCUUUCAAAUUUCUACAAUUAGUAAAAUGUGAAAUUCUAGUAUAGAAAAGAAAAAUAAACUUGGUGAAGAUCGACGUGCACGAAGCGUUGAAAAAUCGUUAGUGCCGUACUUUACUACUCGUAAAAACAUGCAAUUUCCCAUGAGGAUCUGGUAGUCGAGGAUAGAAAAGAACUGUGCACGGAGUUCAACGAGAGAGAGAGAGAGAGGGAGCAGUCAUUUUUUAAACACGAGAAAAAAAUAAUCGCGUGAGAGGGCGUGUGCUACUUUAUUUUUCAUUUGUUUUUCUUUUUCUUUUCCAAUCGAGAAAAAAAGCAACGAGAAAACACAUGAUUCUUUCUAAUUAUAUUGUAACUGUGAUAAUCCUCAUGCCUAACUCUCGUUAUUUCUGCGACUAAACCAAAACAAUAAAAUCAAUGAAAAAAUUAUGAUAAAUAAAUAUUCAUUGAAUUAUCGCUUCGAUAUUCUUCCGCGUCGCGAGCUGCUUGUCAAACGUUUGCGCCUAAAAAGUGACGACACGAGAAACACAAAAUUGAGUAACCAAGAGAAAAAGAGAAAAGAAAAAAAAAAGCAUUGAAAUAGCGCGAGAUGUUUGUACUUAAAACGCGAUGGUGACUGACAGAAAAAAAUCUCACUGAAAAUCGGGGGGAAAAAAGCAGUGAAAUUCCUAACGCUCUGCGCGACAAUGACCACAAUCAUAAGUGUUUACGCGUGUACACGAACAUGAAAAAUUUCCUACACGGCGUUAAAGGGUAAAAAACUAAACAAAUUCCCCGCCCCGCCUGCCUGUCAAAUCUGCUCGCUCAAAAUAAGAGAAAAUAGAGAUAAAGAAACAAAUAAGUUAAACGUUCAGGAGUCUUCGCCAAUUACUGACUGAGACUUUCGCUGCUAGUGCGUCUAGACGUUCAAUAUAUUAGCUACGUUUAGCAGGGUCUUUCCGAAUGUCCAUUACGACCGUAGUAGUUUCGAAAAAGCAACUGGUUGGAACCAAACGAAAAAAAAAAAAUACUUCGAGUGGAGUCGAUAUCUUUCUUUUUUACCAUGCCACGGUGAUGCACUUUUGGAUAGGCAAUUGAUAUUUAGGUGACGAAAAAAAAGAACAUAUUAACUGACAAAGUAUCGACCAUCACGCGCAAGAAGAGAUAGAAAUUAGGAAAGCGGAUGAAAAAGUAAGGAAAAGUAUAAAUAAUCCACCGCAUUGGUCACGGUAAAUACUGAAUUACUAGGAGAUAGAGGAUCUCGUAGGUUCGUGUCCGACAAUCCUAUUUUAAUUGCAUGUGAUAUUAUACUACUGAACACAUACAUAUAUAUAUGUACAUUUAUAUAUUAAUAUAUAUAUACAUUACGAUUAAUAUACAUGUACAUAUAUGUGUAUGAAAUGACAUUAAAAAUAACGGAGGAUAAACGUAUGAACAAUGAUAUAUUGAGGAACGUAGAAUAAAUGGAGGCCGAAGGAGAGAAAAGGUGAAAUAAGAGAACGAAUAAUGAUUGACUCGGUGAACCGUCGACGAUUUAAAAGGAGUGAGAGAGAGGUGCGAAGAAUUGAUAAUUAGUUCUUACCGCUGGGAGAGUAAAAUGACCAAUUGUAUAUGUCUCGAGCUAUUUGCCAAGCGUACACAUGUGUAUGUAUAUCGAACACGUAAUAUGUAAUACCGAAAUAUUUCGGAUAGAUUUAUUCAGCGAAGAUUAACGAAACGCCCAUUGCGAUACGCCCUUUUUCCAGUUUAGAAUCGUUACCCGCGUUUAUUGUCAUAAAAACUCUUCGGAAUUUCAAUCUCGAGCGAGAGUAAAACAAUUUAAUAAUACAACAAUAGAUUCGUCGGUUAUGAAAGGGCGAUUAUCCCGAGCGCUUUCGUACUCACAAACGUCCAUUGUGUGUAUCCGAUAAUAUAGAAAAGUCCAACUUUCACGAACCUCAGACACGAGGGGAUACUCGAGUUCAAGCGCACGAUCCUGUGUCAUGAGAAAGCUUCAUAUGAUUUUCGAGACUCAUCAUUUAUAAUUGACUUUAAUAAUCAAACAUGAAUUUUCAAGGGGUCUGUCGAUUUAAAAACUCGCCUGCAUUUGCUUAUGUUAUUUCUCUAUUUUCUUGUAUUUUACUAUAUUCCCACACUGGGGAAUCACUCAGACUGACAUUUGUCACCAAAUUACAUGAAACAGAUUUAAAAUCAUUUCGGUGAACAAUUAUUCCUUACUAAGCUUCGCGAACAACGCUUCUCCAUAGAAUCUCAUGUGCGUGUUUACUUGAAUUGUUCUAUCUUUGCUACGAAAUUGGUGCAAUUUAACGAGAAACUAUUUCAUUUUAAUUAAACAAUUAAACGGCGGCUUUCCUCGCCUUUGAACGUAGACGUAAUGUUGCCUGUAUGUCUCGAUAUGUGUAUAUAUUUAUAUACACGUAUUAUACAUGCAUGCGUACAUAAAACAAAACGUGCAUAUAGAUGGCUCAAUGUGAAAAUUACAAGUCUGGUUUUUAACAUUAAAUAUAACAAAUAAAUAAAUAAAUAUAUAUAUAUUAUAUAAAAGUUAUAAAAUCUAAAAUAUCUAGUUGACCGUCGACGUGUAAACGAUUUAGGCGCGGCGUGAAUUGCAUCGUACAAUAUAUCUGGGUAUAUCUGUUGUGUGAGUAUCUGCGCGCAUGGACAAAUAUUAAAAAAAAAAAAAAAAAACAAGAAAAACAAGAAAAAGAAAAAAAACAACAACCCGUCGAACUAUCAAGUUAAAGAAAUAAUAAUCGUCAAACGAAAAUUAAAAUCCAAAUAUAUAUAUGAUGUACCUAAAACGUAUUAGAGAUAGAAAAACGAAAGGGAAUGAAAACGUGCUAAAAGGAGGAGUAGAAUGAGAAACAAUGAUAAAGCGAUAAAUGAUAUUCAUGCGCAUAUCACACACAUCAUUGAGUGAUCAUGAUUCACUGAUAAAAUAAAAGAAAUAAUUAAUGCGAUAGCAACGAAAAUGUGAAGCGACGAAAAGAUUGAGAGACCGCUUUUGUGUGACGAAAUAUAAGUGAUCGCGGACAAACGAUCGACGUUUGAAACACUCGAAACCAUCGAGUUCGUCGUAUUCGUACAAAUAGCGAAUUUAUAUUCGGGCACAUGGCAAAAUUUAUUUGCAGCGGUUGCUUUCCUUGAAAUAAUGAAGGGGGGAGGGGGGGGGGGGAGCUUGCUUUAAUUUACGUUCGAAUAAAUUUUUGACAGCUAGACACACAGAACACGUAUACCGAAGAAACGAAAUCAACCUCGUUCUUAAUAACUUGGAAAAAUAAUGCUCUCGGUGAAUUUUCCAGCUGACGUAUUCUCGAUGAAUGAUCGAUCGACUCACUUGUGUGAUUUUCAAGUUUUUUCGAACGACGAUAAAAAGCCGAAGUAGGAUUUUUCCGAAAUCUUCACGUCCAUUUUAUGCCAAGCUUUCUUAUUUUUUCCGCUCUGCCUUUGUAACUCACAAGUGAGAGAACGCGGCGAAAGGCAGCGACGAAAGCGUUAACGUAUCCCGACAAAGAUAGCGAAUUUUUGUGUACCCUCGAACUGUGGAUGAGCCUUACAAAUGAGGCGAGGCAUGAUGAAUCAGCUGCAAAUAUCCUCGAUGUCUGAGAACUCUGGGUAUCAGCGAUUUUGUAGAAAAUUGAGUCCAAACACACGUAAUAUUGUUCCGUAAAACGAGAAAAAGAAAAGUGAAAAAAGUUGGAAAAAAAUGACAAAAUAAGGAAAAUAACGAAUUGUAAAUUCUUUUAAUCAGUGAUGCAUUAUACGCGUCGCCAAUGACGCACCGUGUCCUAAAACUUGAAAGUGUACAUAUAGAAAAGAAAAAUUUGAAAGAAACAAUAUCAUCGAGAUAUGUAAUAAGAGAUUUUUCGAAUUUUGAUCGAGGUCAAUGUAGACUAGCGUAUUUCACGUUAUUUACAUGCUACGAUAGCCACGUGUGUGUGAGUGUGUUUUCGCGCGUGCGUGCGUGUGUGUGUUAAUCUAAAAAAUUUCUUUGAACCGCUUAUCACAAUUGUACUAUGAAAAAAACGGUCCGUUAACGUAAUUGAGAAUAAGGAAUUUUUCAAGUUCAUUCAGAACGAUACGAUAUAUCAUUGGAUCAAAAGAGAAUGAAAAAAGAAUGCAUAAAUCGUCGCGAUCAAUGUAAUUAGAUGAUUCUCGCUCAAGCCGAUAGUGAGGGGAAACUCGUUUUUUUAUCGCUCGUUUCCGGUUCGCCGCGAUACAACAUUGUAAUUGUCAAUUUUAUCGAUCGUUUCUGAACAAAUGUUCGUUUGUAGUGGUUUCCUUGAAUUUAACAAAAAAUGAGAAAAACAUAAACGGGUGAGGAAAGAAGCGGACGAAAUUGCGUUACGGAAAGCGCUGAAUAAAACGAACUUUUGAGCUAAACGAAACUGUAGAUGUCUCGAUAGUUGGUUAGGUCUCGUUUUUUCUUUUUUGUAUUUCGUUCGUUUAGCUUCCUCUGGAAAAAAAGAACAAAAAAAUUGAUACAAGCGAAGAUGUAAGAAGUUGAGAAAAUCCUCAAUCAAAUUCAGGCGACUCGAGCUCCGCUGUGCACGCGUCUUCCACACACUCGUGAAUUUGUUGUUUAGAGAGCUUGAUAUUAAAAAGUAAAACGUACAUAAAAAAUGAAUAGCAUCGCGUAUGAAUUCGUGCUGAAGUAAUUUUCAACUUUUACAUUCUUUCAAAACUUCGAUGAUAUUUUUAGGUUCAAUUUAUACUUGUUUUUGCCUCGGCCUCAGGGAAAUUGCAAAAAAAUUUCUCUCCCGUCAAAGCCGACUGCUCCUCUCGUACUUAAGAUUCUCCAUCUCUUGCGCCCAUCGUUUCUCUAAUAAAAGAGUCAAAAGUUAAACAACCAAACGCAAUUGACCUCUUCGUGAGAGACAAUUUUUCCUCUUCGAACUUUGCCAGUUCGAAAUAAUAUUAGACAAUCUUGUUACACUGCUUCAAAGUUUAAGGAUUUCUGACUACGUAGAAACGCGAAGUAUAUUUGGACGGAGGGAUACCGAUGACUCAAGGAUAGUUCAACGAGUGGACAAGAAAAUAAAAAUAAAUAAAUAAAUGAAUAAAUAAAUAAAGAAAAAGAAAAUAAAAAUGAAAUAAAAGAAUCGAAGUUAAAUAGACACGACGAUCGAUGAGAUAAACAAGGGAAAAAUAAUGGAAAAUGGACACGAGAUACAGUGAUAUAAUUAUACUCGAUUCCGCGGACCACUGGAACACUGUACAACGACUAAGUUACAAUAAUUAUUAAAUAUAUAGAAUCGAGUCUUUAAGGUCCAGGCACACGGGGCGCGCUAGUGUACAUUAUUUUUCGAUAAAUUAUCAAUUACUCACAAAGCCUUGUCGCACGAUUGAGAAAAAAAGUCAUUUUUUGAAUAGCCAAAAAAAAAAAAUAAACGAAAGAACAAUAUCAAAGCAAUUUGAUUGAGGAUUGAGGACAAAGCAGGAGUCAAAUGAGCAAGUGCUUUCUUUGACUCAUUGAUUAUUAAUAUUUACACAGUUUUACAGGCGUUCGAUUUUCGUGAAUCGCGCGACAAUACCGAUACUGAAAAUGUUUUAUCUCGUUUUAUCAAAACUCGGUUGCUCAUUCGACUGUUACUUUAUUUGAUGAAUAAUAAUCGAGCACCGAUGUAAUCGCCAUGUUUUCCUCGGCUGAUAAUCUUAGGGUUUCCAGAUAAAUAGUUUUUCAUUUGUUUUAUCAAUAACUCAUAUUUAUCGAGUGAUGGGAGUGGUAUUAGAAUAAUAGAAUAAGCCCCGCUCCGUUCGAUCGACGUCGAUCGGUCUCGGUGUCCCCUUAAAACUUAAGAAACUUUUUGCUACGCUGCUCCGAGUCGUUUGUUCGUAUCAAUUGUACGGGGAGAACAAAAAACGAGGAAUAACAUUGAAAUUAAUAAUUCAAUAAAAUCAGGCUCAAGAGACAAGCUGAAAUUGAAAAAUAAAAGGCGAGGGCUCCCAGAAAUAAAUCUGAGAUAAGACAGGCUAAAUAUUUAGAUAGUUGUGACGAAUUAGAUUUUAGGAUGAAUCGAAAAUGAAGAGAAAAAUUAGUCUCGUUUGAUACACAUACGAAAAAGGAACAAUGCUUGUAGCCUCGUCGAGAGAACUUAGUGUCGCUUUUUUAAUUCAUGUUCGUGGUGAUAUUAUUAUUUUUCUUUUUGCUAUAAAAACUGUAGCUUCUUAUAGAGGAUGGGAAAGUAAUGAUUUUUUCUUUCGGAAACCAUUGACGGAUGGUAGCUAGUGUGAUUAUUAAGAAGGUUCGUUAUACACAGUCAAAGAGCCUUUAGUUACCCAUUUUCAUUCGAGGACAGUCAAAAUAAAUACAGAAAAUAUGUUGAAUAUAAAAAUGAAAAAUAUUCGAGUUAAUUGAUCCUUGUAAUCGUCGAAUCUGGUCGCAUAACCGGUUUACUGACUCGGUGUAGCUCAUUAAUUUCCUUUAAUGAUGUAAAAUUCAGUAGCAAGCGUCCAAAGGGACGCACGACUGCCAAGAAAAUGAGGAUAUAUUUUUUUUUUUUUUUACUUCGAUCAUUAUUACUAUCGCGCGAGAUAUUAAUUAUUUUGAUUUUUAUUUUGUUUACGCUAUCUUGUGCUAUCCUCUCAAAGAAUUAUCUUGAAUAAACUGAAAAAUGAAGCCUAGUUCUGGUUUCUUUGUAGAGAGAAUAGUGGAAGAAUUAAAAAAAAAAAAUAAUAAAAAAACAACGGAAAAAACGAUGAGGGAGAUCGCGAUUGAAGAAAAAUUGCGAUCGUCUCGAUGGUAGUUCGAAGGCCUAGUCCUCAAUAGAUAGCAACGAUUAUUUAGGGAGAAUAUAUCGCGAGAUUGUACGCUCGUACGUAGUCUUCGUAAAUUUUUUAAACGAUUGUAUAUCCUUGCCUAUUUCGCGGUGAAUAAGGCUAACGUUGAUUAUUCAUUUCCUUUCGAUGUUUUCCCAUCGAUUCCGUGAAAACUCUUCGCGGAAACUGCGCUUCCAUUGCAAAAACAACCGCGAGAAAAGGAUAAAAAGUUGAGAAAAAAUCACUCCUUAAUCAGAGCUUUUUUCGAAACCAGCCAUUUUUUUCUAUUCCUAUCGAGAAAUUAUUAUUCUCGCGGAGUCUCUGUCCCAGUCGAAAAAUUAAACCGUGGCAUCUUGACUCUCUCGAACAUUCUCUUUCCUCCUCCUCCUCCUCCCCUCUUAACCUCGUCUGCUGGGAAACGUCCCCAGAAAUAAUGAAAAUCAAGAAAGUACCUUGUGAUCCGUCAAGACCUCAUCAAAGAAUAAUUUCUAAUGAAAUUCCCGUCACAAUUCCUACCCUUCGCUUUCAUUCUUCUGAUCCAAGAUCGAUGUCACGUUUCAUCUCGAUACGAAAAUCAAUAUUUUCAUUCACAUUACCAGGAGGAAGAGAGUGUCAGAUGCUGAGAUCGGGUUUUACUUGAAUAAAUAGCGUCGCAUAGAAGCUCAAUAUCAUUUACCUUGCAGCAGCAAAUAGAUCAAUUUUUUUCGUAGUUCAAAAAAGAGCAAAGAGACUAACUGUUUUUUGUAUAUUAUGUUAAAUGUAUAACACGUAUCGUACUAAUGAUAUCACACAUUUAUAUAUAUAUCUAUGUAUACAAAUAUAUGCAUAUAUAUAUAAAUAUAUUAUUGUACAAUAAGAUUACAAAAAAAUCUAUAUAUAUAUAUAUAAAUAUAUAUGAAUAAUAUAUCGUUAAAUGGGCUGUGGUAGAAAACCUUUGUAUACUCCGUGCGCACCAAGCGAGACGAGUCCUGAUUGAAGUGUUUCAGGUUGCCUCGAUUUCGCCGUUUUCACGAAUAAACAAUAAAAAUAAAUGUGCUAGAGAGCGAUGAAAAAACAAGAAAAAUGAUGGAGGAGAGAGCGAGAGAGAUGUGGGUUGUGGACGGACCCGUCUCAUAUUCUGUCACACAACGACCACCGUGCACAAAACUGUACCUUAUUAAUAAAUAAUAGAUAGAAUCCGUCAUAAUAAUUGUCAAUAAAGCUGUAACCUGAUUCGCGUCUAUUACUUGGAGACGAGACUCGUGAUAGGUUGACGAUACGAAAAAGAAAAAGCUCAAUUGAGCUCGAUGAUUGAGGAAGAAAAUGAAAGAACAAACAUUGUAAGCGCCGAACGUCAAUCAUAAUUGCAUAACAACAAUGACAAAAAGAAUGAUAAAAUACUGUUGAAUUGCCACAUUUCGAUGUAUUACGCUGAACGUUCGAUUGGGAAGGUAAAUUUUAUCGGAGAAUUAGAAAUGAUACUAUUACACGAUUUUAUUGUCAAAAUAUUGUUAAAUUCAUUCGUGUGGAUUUGUAACUCAUAUGAAUUGUUUAAUUAGAUUUGUCGUUCAUGAAAUAUUCUGCUUUGAUUGCUCGAGUUUUUUGACUUUUUUUCUGUAGCUUUUGCCCUGUAUUUUUAACGAUUCAGAAAAUGAUUCGUCCAGAUUACUGACUGAAUCCAGUCUUUUCCUACAGACCAAAAUCAUUUGCAAUAAUCUAUAAAUAUUAAUAUUUUUUUAUUUUUGCUCGAAUGCUAUACUGUUUCAUCGAGAUAAAUAUUAUAAUAUAGUUUAAAACGUUUUCGAUCAAUAUAAAAAUCAAAUUUUGUGCAAUGCAUUAGAUUAAAUUACGAUGCCAAAUUCUAUUUUCGAUUGAAAAAAAUUGCUUUAACUUUACGGGUAAUUAAGACAUUUUGUAAAACUGAGUUGGGUACGUAUCAAUAUCACGAAUAAUCGGAAGAAGCUAUUUAAAAAAAUUCUAAAAACUGUGAGUAACAAACAGGAAAUGGAUCGUAGUCAGGCUUAUGAUAUGUUUUUCCGGCAUUUUCAUGUCGUUUUUCACGUGUUUUUUCAACUAUAAAAGCUCAUUGAGUGUGUUGGUACUUUUUAAAAAAUUGACACGAAAGAAUAUGAAUGAUGACUCAUUGUGGAACGGUACGAAUGAGCUGAGUGUAUUGAAUCAACGAUAUCGCAUUUUAUAAAAUUUCGAAAAAUUCGUAACUGUUAGCGAUAGUUGACAGGUGAUGAAAAAGAUAAAACAAAGAAAGGGAAUGAACGGAGAGCAAAGAGCAUACAUUUUUUGGUUUCUGUUCAACGAGCAAGAUCCAUUUAAAGUUCGAAAAAAGGCCAUAGACUGUGUUCGAAAGCCAACGAGGAUAAAGUGAUAUUGAUUAUUUUUGUUUUUCUUCUACCAUUGCUACGAUUUGCUUUAAAAAAAAAAAUUUGUACAUUCUAAUUUCGAAGUUCGAUGAAUCCGGAUAAGCGAAAUAUCGUUUUUCAAAGAAGACGAGUCUCUUCUCUCAAUGAAUAUUCGGAAAUCUUACAUGCAGAUUUUGUUCCUUUUUGUGCCUCGCUUAAUCACGAUGUUCUCGAAAUUAGAUUCCAUCGUUUUUCUUUUUCAUCGCUAUUCAGUCGCUUACCAUGUAAUUUAAGUCAAUUUCGAAAUAAUGUUAACACUUACACGACGUCGCGCGCCCCGUACGUGUCGAACCUGUCGAAUUAUAUUUAAGCAAUUACUUUGUAAAGAAAUAACGAAGAAAAAAUAGUAACGAGUCAAAAGAAAUCCCGAGCUUAUCAUGCCCGCCUGUAAAUUUCGAGUAUAAUUCCCGUUUGUACCUUAACAACAGUUAACUACACUCUCGACUGUUAAUCGUAUGUAAUAACCGAUCAUAGUGCGUGAAACGAAUGAUACGAAAUGAUAAAUAAGCUAUGCCACUUUGUUGUGGAAUGUUGAAAGUAGAAAUGCCUAUCGUUGAUUAUAUUCAUUUGCAUUAUUGCGUUUUUAUCGUGUUUCCCCUUAACACACGAGGUGCUUAGGAUGUUUUUAGUGCGUAAAUGCAUAUUGUAUUUGUGACGGACUCGCAGACACGUUGAAUCGAAGUCUUCACGAAUUUUUCGCGAGUUUUCAAUGAUAUUUAUGGAUCGUUCGUAAAUAUGUGAGAAAAAAGGUCAAGUCAAACGAGCAGUUGCCGUUUCAUAGUUUUUUUUAAGAUACACAACGACCUCAUGAGAGAGAUUAUACUGGGUGAGAAUCCAUUUUAUGUGUAUACCUUUGGAUCUGCUAAGCAGUUGCGUUUUAUUCGAAGUGUCCUUUCUAUGUAAAACUUGUUUGUCCCAAAAAAAGGAAAAUCAAUUAUUAAUAAAUGGUACCUUUCAUGUUCAGAA